AUGAUCAAAACUCAUAGAGACAGAGUGAACACUAUUGAGUCACUCAUUGGUGAAAAUGUCUUCAUUGAAAGCCCCAAGGGCAAAUGUACCCAAAUCACAGUGAUCACUGGAGUUGAUAUUGUCAUGAACCAUCACUUGCAAGAAACCAGAUUCACAAAAGAAACCCACAGGAAGUACAUCAAAGAUUAUAUGAAAUCAAUCAAAGGCAAACUUAAAGAACAAAGACCAGAAAGAGUGAAACCUUUUAUGACUGGGGCUACAGAACAAAUCAAGGACAUCUUCACUAAUUUCAAAAACAACCUGUUCUUUAUUGAUAAAACCAUGAAUCCAGAUGACAUGGUUGUUAUCCUGGACUACCACGAGGAUGGUGCAACCCCAUAUGUGAUUUACCUUAAGGCUGGUUUAGAUGUGAAAAAAUGUUAA